UUGUCGGUCUUCUGCAAUUUCCUCUGUGUCUUCCUUACAUGGGUGUCCUGACGUCAGCUUGGCUGCAAGCGGAGCGGCUCGUACUUCGUCGGGCGCUUCAUUUCACAUUGCAGCCCGGAGAGUGGAGACGGGGGAUGCCAGCGAAACUCACCAUGGCCAAGGGUCAGACGCAUCCCAAAACAAGAUAUGGAUGGAAGAUUGUGUAUCUUUUGACAUAUCACCUCAUACAAUUCUGUGGGCACUCAUGGAUAUCCUCAAACAUAAUAGCCAGAAUCUUAACAUUUGGGAAAGACAGCUUUGUGGACACGUAUUAUGCCUUAGGAGCUGUGAUGUGUUCCUGCCAAUUGCUCUCAAAUCUGGAGGUGAUCCAUGUCCUCACGGGCAUCGAGCGAAGCCCAUUUCUUCUCCGAUUCUUACAGGUGACAGAGAGGAACGUGAUCCUUUUUGUGGUUAUAGCUAGUCAAGAAGAGAUGCAAAACAAGCAAAUAGUUUGGGCCCUGUUCUUCCUCUGGAAUACUCUGGAUAUGAUCAAACAUCCAUAUAACAUGCUAACAAACAUUGGGAGCGAUUAUCAUAUUUUGACCUGGAUUCAUCAUUCCAUUUGGGUGCCUCUUUAUCCGUUAAUAACCUUGGCUGAAGUAAUUGCCAUUUAUCAGUCAUUGCCGUAUUUUGAAUUUUAUGGAACCAACUCCUUUGUAAUACCUGGACCCAUUCGCAUUCUGGUGCAUUUUCCAUAUAUAUUGCAGUUCUACUGUCUAAUCCUUAUUGGUGGUAUGUACAGCAGCUGCAAACAAUUCUAUGAAGAACGGAAGGAAUAUACAAGAAAGCAGAGAUUUAAAGCAGAAUGACGGAUUCAGAUCACAGUCGGCAUCUACCCCAAGAAUCCAUAAAUGCUGCCAUAAAAUUUGGAGCUAAUGCUUUUAUCUGAAGCCUCUGAGUUUUGUCAUAGGACAUUUGAAUUGCAAUUAAACUACAUGUAGCGCA